AUGUUACACCGACGUCUGCUGUGUGCGUCGACGGAGUGGACUGUCGGUAAUGGUGGGUGUCGUGACAUCGACUUCUGCUGUGUGCGUCCCCGGUGUCUGCUAGACAUAUCGCCAGAGUAUGCUGGGUAUCGGCUUCUAUUUUUAUACGUCGCUGGUGUUCGAUGUACGUGUCAUCGGUGUAUGCUUUGUGCGUCGAUGGCAUCUCAAGAUUCAAAAUCCUUCAAGAACCUUCUUCAAGAUUUUGCUGUUAUUCCACUACUUUGCAUUUAUUCAUUUCUUGAGGCCUCAACGAAUGCUACUUUGUUCUGA